AUGGAAGUCUUGGAUCCAGAGUCAAGCGGGUCAGUUUCCUGUCAGAACCUGACGGUCCUGAACAAGACCAACGAAUUUGAGGCCAGAGGGUUGCUAUACGACGCCACGUCCUCGGGUCUGAUCACUUUCGCUUUGCCGGUCAUCGGUACCAUUGGCUGCCUCAUCAACGCCUCUUUUCUCUUCGUCGUGUUUCGCAUCCGCCGAAUGCGGACCAUCACCAACGCCUACCUGUGCAACCUGGCUGUCUCUGACAUCCUGUUCCUGCUGACGGCCACCGUAGCCAGCUCGCUACAGUUCCACUCCUCCCCGGUCAAUUUCGACAAGUACCGAACCGGGAUCGCCGGCUGCAUCCUCUUCAACUUCCUCAUCUACACCUUCUUCUUCGCCUCCAUAGCACUGGUCACGCUGGUCUCUCUGGAGCGCUACUUCGCCAUAUGCAGCCCCCUGAAGCAGUGGCUGACCAGCGGCAAGGCCCGGACGGCCAAGCUGUUGGUUAUUACAUGGGUCAUCGCCGCCAGCAUGGCUGCAGUCAACGUACCGGCAUUCAUCGUCCUAAUGCCCGUGUGCGUGGAUUGGCCAGAUACAGAAGCCUUUCAGGGCUUCCCGGAGGUAGUUGGAGACUGCAAGCCCAUAGCACCCUGGUUCACCCAGGUCUCCCGGGUUUCACGCAUGAUUCCCUUCUUUGUGGCCAUGGCGGGCAACGUCUACAUGUAUUCCCGCAUCACCCUGACGCUCAAGCGUAGGUUCAUCGUGAACACGGACGAAGCCGCGGCCAGCAGCCAGGCCAUCAACCACGUCCAGAGCGUCCGGAGACAGGUCUCCGCCAUGCUGAUCGCCACCGGCACGGCGUUCUUUCUCUGCCAAGUCUCCACCCAGGUCCACGUCCUGCUGGAGAUGAUCUCCAGCCUGACUGGUGUCGGCUACUUGUCGCCUCAGCAACGUGUGGUGUUCCUGUGGAUCAACCGCAUGCUCCUGUACGCCAACUCCACCAUCAACCCCGUCGUGUAUAACGUCACUAACCAGCGAUACCGGAGUGCCUUCAACGCGGCCAUCCUGCACUGCGACACCAACAUGACUACCAAGCAGCGGGGAAGUCAUCGACCAGGUAUGGAGAGAGACACGGCACAGCAGACCAUCCAUACGACACUAAUGUGAAGGAAAUUGAGAGUUACAAAAAGUCAGUCUUGGAAUACAACUCUACUGAAUAGUGUUUGUCUCGGUAACAUUUUAACAGAGGAAUUCAUUGGAAAUCUACAAAUUGGACCGACAGAGCAAACGGAUUACGGGUUGGCAUCUUGGCAUCACUCUUUAAACCUUAUCUCUGCUCGGCAACGCAGUGGCGACAAAAACAGCACAACAUGAUGCGCGUUCCAGCAGGGA